ACGAGAACCGCUGGAUCCGCAGCAUUUUUUUUAGCGAGCUCUCUUGCUUUGCCUGUCUCAACUAAGUCAGGAUAUUCGUAUAAGAUUAGGCUUCAGUGGAGUGUGAUGGAUGAAAAGCGCAGAGCAUCCUGUCAGUAUGGGUCCCUGGAAUGCACGAAAUGGAAAACAGAUGUGGACCAAACAGAGGCAGAUGUGGUCUCAAUGGCAGACUCUACUAUCACAGUGGGAGACAUAGAGGGGGAACUCUAUAAGAUUGAACGGAUCAGAGACAUUUUGAUCAGGAGGGAAUCUGAGCUCAGAUACAUGAUGGAUGAUAUCCAGUUAUGUAAAGAAAUUACAAGACUGAAGAAAGAGCUUCAAAAGCUUUUGUCUAUCCCAGAUAAUGACAAGUCUAACGAAGACAAACAGAAGGAGGAAGAGCUUCUGAAACAGAUUCAUAAAUUAGUGGAGGCCAGAGACUUCUUAGUAGAUGACGUGGAGUUUGAGCGUCUCAGGGAACGGGAGGAGGACAAAGAGAUGGCUGAAUUUCUCAAGUCCAAACUACCGAAAAGCUCUCAAACCAAGAGUGUUGCCCGCAGUGGGAGAAGGCCGCCCAGAGCCCAGCAGACUACUCCCUUUGUAACCAAGACAGGCCUCACUUUGCUGAAAGAGUGCUGUGGAUUCACCUGCUCUAUAAUGUAAAAGACACACUUUCAGCAGUGACAGCAGGAACACAAUGCAAUUCUGGAACCUUGGAUGAGGAUGACCUUUUAAUGACACCAGGAGACUCAAAGAAUAUGAUGCGAACCAAAGCUAAAGGUUUCUGAAAGACAAAGCUAUGAAGUUGUCCGUUUAGGAAUAACAGUUUAAGAACACUCUUAUAUUGUUUCGCAUUCUUUCAUAUUUUUCCGCACCCAUUUGCUCGCUUUCUACCCAACUCUCAUUUUUCUUUGAAAAAUCCUGUUUCUUUGUAUUACAGAGACCAUUUUGUGCCCUCUCAAGGGUCCUGCUGUCAGCAGCUCAGCUGGCUUGCUGUCAUUCCCUACCCUUAUCUUGUCCCUCAUGAGACAUUGCUACAGCACUGCAGUACCUGUGACUUCAUCAUCCAUAAAUGCUCAAGUUUCAGUAGAGGUUCCAUUUAGACUGCUGUUUCUUAGCCAAGCCAGGCUCAUUGGAAAUAUGUGCCUGUGGCAACAUUUAUGCGAAAUAACAUUAUGUUGCUUCUUGCAUUUUUUCACAACCCAUUGAAAGUCAAAUUUUCCAGUGAGUGGCGCUAACUGGACGUUCAGUUUUAUCCGAAACAGAUGAACAUGAAUCUGGCGCAGUUUUAUUAUAUUGUUUUUUAUACAUAUGGUGGCAGUUUGGAAAUUAAAUUUCGGUGAGUGGCAUUAAAAUGUUCUAUCAUAUGUGCAAAUAACGUACCACCUAUACUAAUCCCUACCCUAAAUUUAACCGAUAGUGUUAAAGGGGUCAUAUGAUGCUUUUUUAAAGAUCAUUAU